AGACUUUCCCAGGCUGCUGAAUGCUGAUUGACGCGGUCACAUCAAAGGCCGUAUUUGAUAACAUUGAGGAGGAUACAAAUCGGGACAAGACGAGGGCGGCAUUUCAUUAGCGAGAUCUUUUGCAGAAACCAAUAGAGGACUAAAGUGUAUUAAUAAAUCUUAAACAUCAAAGCAGAUCCCUCUACCUCUGCAUCCAGUACUUCUCCAGUGUUUGAGCUGUCAAGGUGAUGUCAGCUGCCUGCUUUGCGCGCCUAGCAAGGUGCAGUGGUCUUCAUGUGGGACGUAGUGGUCUUUUACAGAUGGCCACAGUCCCAGUCCCAUUCCAGCAGGACAGCCACCUCCAGUUCACAAUCUUCCGGAGACAACUUUACAGCCCUUCAGGAAAAAGGCACAGCAACACGCGCUUUGAUGCAGACAGCAGUGGCCAACCCACUACUUGGGAUUCAUUUGGCAUCUGGGACAAUCGUAUUGAUGAGCCCAUUCUGCUGCCUUCCAGCAUUCGCUAUGGAAAGCCCAUUCCCAAAGUCAACUUAUCAAAGGUAGGCUGUGCCUCGCUCAUCGGCCAACGCAAGGAGAAUGAAGACCGCUUCCAGGUCUCCCAAUUGACUGACAGCCUCCUCUACUUUGCUGUGUUUGAUGGGCACGGUGGGCCAGAAGCAGCUGACUUUUGUGAAAAAUACAUGGAGAAAUUUAUCAAGGACCUUGUGGCAGAGGAGUCCAAUCUGGAAGUAGUUUUAACGAAGGCCUUCCUUGAAAUAGACAAAGCUCUUGCAAGGCACCUGCAUUUCUCUCCAAAUGGCUUUGAAGCCUUGGAUUUCCCAACUGACAUGACCCAAGCACUUUUGGUUAGAGUACCCGGGAUGAAUGUAGGAAGCACCUCCACUGUGGCCUUGCUGAGGGACGGCAUUGAGCUGGUGGUGGGCAGUGUGGGUGACAGCCGUGCAAUGCUGUGUCGCAAGGGCAAGGCCCUUAAACUCACUGUCGACCACACACCUGAGAGGAGGGAUGAGAAAGAGAGGAUAAAGAAAAGUGGGGGUUUUAUUACCUGGAAUAGUCUGGGACAGUCAAACGUCAACGGCAGGUUGGCCAUGACGCGCAGCAUCGGAGACUUUGACCUGAAAAACACGGGGGUCAUUGCUGAGCCGGAGACCAAGAGAAUAUCUUUGCACCAUGCCCACGACUCGUUCCUGGCGCUGACCACAGACGGCAUUAACUUCAUCAUGAAUAGCCAGGAGAUCUGCAAUGUCAUAAACCAGUGCCACGACCCAAAGGAGGCAGCUCAGAGAAUAUCUGACCAGGCUCUUCAGUAUGGCUCAGAGGACAACAGCACAAUUAUCGUGGUGCCCUUUGGUGCUUGGGGAAAGCACAAGAGCUCGGACACAAGUUUCUCCUUCAGCAGAAGUGUUGUCUCCAGUGGUCGCUGGGCGUAGUCAGUUGGAUUAAAAGGUGGACCUAAUUAAUGUGUGCAAUACAAUCGAACAACAGUGCCCUUGUGAAAACAUUAUAGAAAGUGAGGUGUGUCCAAACAACAAUACAGGGUUACAACAUGUUAUUUAGAGAAGCAUGGUAUUUAUUAGCCUCUGUGAAGUAAGAGGCAGUGAAUUCAUGAUGUGCACUAAAUGAAAAACAUCCUCUUUUAUAAAGGUUUUAUCUACCAGCAAGCCAAUGAUCUUAUAGGUGCUAAAAGCUGACAAGUGUUUGAGUGGCAGACAGGAUUUCAUGAUGACAUGAAAGCCGUCGCUUGUGUAUAUGUAGCCUGCUCUACAUUAGCUAUGAUUUUAAGACUCGUAUUCCUGACUGUCUGCCAUUUAGAUAAAUUAUCUAUUUAGCUGUAAUGUAUAGAAGCCCUGAGAGACAAGUGAGAACUUUUUUCAGUUUCAUUUUUUUCCAAGUAUUUAUUUUUUUCCCAUCUGUGAAAACAGGUAGGGGGGAAAAUCAGGCAAAUUUUUUCUGUUUCAAAGUGUUGUAAUACUCAUUUUGGCCACAAGAGGCUGAAGUGCACCACUACUCUGUUUUUUAAAUAGGACUGAAAUAAUUCACUUUUCUGCCAAGUGAGUUUUAAUUUUGUCAUGCACUCACUAAACACAAGGUACAUAUUGUGUGUUAACAAGUUAUAUACCAUUACUGGCUAAUGACAGAUUAGCACUGAUUCAAAUAAAUUCCUAGCCUAAAAGAAAGCCAUGAUGGAAAAGUUGUAUAAGAAAACAUGAAUGCUUUGAGUCGUAUUUAGAACAGAACAUGGGGUAGUGGUACACUUCAGCCUCUUGUGGCCGAAAUUAGUAUUACAACAACAAACAAACAAAUUAGCCUGAACACAUAUUUAGACAGAUAGGAAAAAAAAUAUGAGCCUGAAAAAUAAGGCUUGCAUACCUCUCAGGGCUUCUGUAAUACAGUUCACGUUGAUAAGUCACAAUAAAAAAAAAAGUGCAUCUGGAUUUUACCAGUUCUUUAAAGCCUGCAGUCUUUCCAUUUCUCCAUGUUCAGGAUAGGACUGCAAGCAUAGAAAACAGUGGGGUAAAUCUAAUAAUUGAACAUCACUUAUUUGUCAAUUGAUGGGAAUUAACUGAACCCUUGUAUAAGAAUACAAAAUCUACUGAAAUGUACAUAGAAACAUCACAACUUCUGAAGCAACUGGCCUAUAAGCAUCAUGACCAAAAUCAGCGAAAAGGUCUUGAUGACAGUAUGUCAAUUCUGGAGUUUCCUGUUCAUCUUUUUGGUCAAAGCAUCCCAUUGAUGAAUUGAGCAUUGAUGUCCAAUUGCACAAUCUUUGGUGAAAUGAACCCUAAAUGUUCUGUGAUCUAGUGAACUAGUGUUAAUGGAAUUGCUUAAUUCUAUUUAUAUGAGCAGCAUUUCAGUGGCUGAAUCUGACAUUUAGAAAAUAAAUAAUAGGAUAUUAAUGUUUCUUCUCAAUUAAGUGUAAAUGUCUGUACUGAUUUGGAACAGGUAUUGUAAGGGCACUAAGAAGUUUUAAGGGUACCGAAAUGUACAGUUUGUUUUGUAAAUAACUCUAUUUAUGUACAUCUGGAAAACUGAUAGUUAUCAUUAUUUAAAAACUUGUCUAAAGAAAGUAUCAUAUCAGAAUAUUUCAUAAGUACAGUACCUUUGCUUAGGUGUUUGUAUUGUGUAAAGCUACAUCGUUUGAUUGUAACUCAUUUACACCAUUUAUGUGUCACUCAGAAAUAUGAAAGCACUUAAUGCAAUAGAAUUGUUCAGCUAAGAGCCAUUUUUGACAAUGUGAAUGUUUGCUUAAAUGCCCUCCAUGACUUAAAGAAAAAUCAAUCCCAGCAGGGUAUAAAAGUAAUUAAGAUGUCUUGGCUGACCUCAGUGAGUGGGUCUACUGUAUUUCCAGUGUAAGACGGGCUUGAACCAUUAGAUCCACUGUUCAGUUUUUGUUCACUGUUGAGCUUUUGUUUUGUGGUUGUUAAAUCUAGAUAAAUGAAACGCUUCAUAUUUAUCAUUGUUGUUCUAUCUUUGAGAUUUGCAAAUGUGUAGCCAUCAGUUUGUCCUCAAUCACCAUUAACAGAAUUUUGUAAAUACAAACUCACAUAUUGAGUGAAACCUUGAUUUAUUACAAUGACUUAGUCUUUAUAAUUAACAUGUCCUCCUUACAAACCUCAUCUGUUAAAGUUAUCUAUCAAAGUAUGUUUUUAUUUACUGUAUUUUGUUUCACUGCCUUUAACAUACUAUCAUUGCAGCUGUGGACCUGUAUCUGGGACCUAAAAUGUGACUGUGUUUUGGUCUGAAUGGCUUGUUACACUUCAAUUAAAAACUAUACAUCAAACAA